UCGCAUCGCAUGCAUGCUGAGCUGCGACGCAAACCCAUCCGCCAUUGCCGUCCUCCUCCUGUCUCUCCGAUCAUAUGCCCGGCAAUAGGUAGGUCAGCUUCCUAAGCCGGCCAGGCAGGCGAUCUUCGAUCCAUCAAUCGAUAGAUAGAUAACAAAUAAGCCAGGCAUGGGGGGCGGCGGCGGCGGCGGUAACUCGCGUGAGCUCGAUCAGACGCCGACAUGGGCGGUGGCGUCGGUGUGCGGCGUGAUCGUGCUCAUCUCCAUCCUGCUGGAGAAGGGUCUCCACCACGUGGGCGAGUUCUUCUCGCACCGGAAGAAGAAGGCCAUGGUGGAGGCCCUGGAGAAGGUGAAGGCGGAGCUCAUGGUGCUGGGCUUCAUCUCCCUCCUCCUCGUCUUCGGCCAGAACUACAUCAUCAAGAUCUGCAUCAGCAACCACGCCGCCGACACCAUGCUCCCCUGCAAGCUCAAGUCCGAGUUGGCCGAGGCCGCCGGGGGCCACGGCGCCGCCAAGGAGCCCGCCGAGGCCGCCGGUGGCCACGGCGGCCAGGAGCCCGACGAGAAGAAGGGCGGCGGCGCCGCCGAGCACCUCGGGGACAUCAUCGCCUGGCCGCCGCCGCCGCCCCACUACUUCGCCAACCCGCACCACAGCAGGCUCCUGGGCGAGGCCAGCAUGAAGACGAAAUGCCCCGACGGGAAGGUGUCGCUCAUCUCCAUCAACGCCCUGCACCAGCUGCACAUCUUCAUCUUCUUCCUGGCCGUCUUCCACGUCUCGUACAGUGCCAUCACCAUGGCACUCGGCAGGGCCAAGAUACGUGCAUGGAAAGAAUGGGAGAAAGAAGCGGCAGGGCAAGAUUACGAGUUCUCCAAUGACCCGACGCGGUUCAGGUUCACUCACGAGACGUCCUUCGUGAGGCAGCACAUGAAUGUCCUCAACAAGACCCCAGCAUCCUUCUACAUCAGCAACUUCUUCCGGCAGUUCUUCAGAUCCGUGAGGAAGGCGGAUUACUGCGCGCUGCGCCACAGCUUUGUCAACGUCCAUCUUGCCCCUGGCAGCAAGUUCGAUUUCCAGAAGUACAUCAAGCGCUCCCUUGAGGACGACUUCAAGGUGAUCGUGGGGAUCAGCCCUCCGCUGUGGGCGUCGGCCCUCAUCUUCCUGUUCCUCAACGUCAACGGGUGGCACACCAUGCUGUGGAUCUCCAUCAUGCCCGUGGUGAUCAUCCUGUCCGUGGGCACCAAGCUGCAGGGCAUCAUCUGCCGGAUGGCCAUCGACAUCACGGAGCGCCACGCCGUCAUCCAGGGCAUCCCGCUCGUGCAGGUCAGCGACUCCUACUUCUGGUUCGCGCGCCCAACCUUCGUGCUCUUCCUCAUCCACUUCACGCUCUUCCAGAAUGGCUUCCAGAUCAUCUACUUCCUCUGGAUUCUGUAUGAGUACGGGAUGGACUCGUGCUUCAACGACUCCAAACGAUUUGUCUUUGCACGCCUCUGCCUCGGAGUUGUGGUUCAGGUCCUGUGCAGCUACGUCACGCUCCCGCUCUACGCGCUCGUCUCCCAGAUGGGCUCCACCAUGAAGCAGUCCAUCUUCGACGAGCAGACGUCCAAGGCGCUCAAGAACUGGCGCGCCGGCGUCAAGAAGAAGGCCCCCACCAGCUCCAAGCACGGCGGCCAGGGCUCCCCCACCGCCGGCGGCAGCCCCCGCUCCGGGAGCCCCACCAAGGCCGACGCCGACAAGAAGCAGGACGACGCCGCCGGCACGGGGCUGCAGGCCGGCGCCGCGCAAACCUCCGCCAAGAAAGAAGGCGACUACGAAUUCAUCAACAUCGACGAGUAG